CACACUCCGACCAAAUUUAGUCAUACAAAGGCUAGGGGAGAGCGAGGAGAAGGAAGGGGGGCUGGUGGUGGGGAAACCGGGCGGGGGUAGUCGGGGAUGAAAGAGCCAGCCGCUGCGAGAUCAAAGGCUGCCGCGGCUCCGCCCCGCUAACCCCACCUCCGCGCUUUAUAAAGAUCUGCCUCCCCAUCCCAACUUUGAUUCUCACGCAAUCUCUCACUGCUCAGGCAGGAAACACGACACUUCCACUGUUUUCUCAUGAACUAAGAACUGUAUUUAGUUUAAUUCUUUAUUUCUUUCUCUUGUGUCCCAGGCCUGCAUUGUUCACUUUUCAUUGUUAAUUAAUUAGCUUCUAUAUUUAUUUAGUGUAUCUCUGUGUGUGCGGUGUGGGUCUUUGGUUCUUGUUACCAUUGCUAACUCUAAAAAUGCUUUUACCGCGUGCUAAAAUAAUAACUAUAGAAAACACUUGAGUGUUGAGUGCCAACUGUUUUUAUAUGGGCCAAUAAUUAAUGAAUAUAAUAUAUAAUUAAAUGUUUAAUCUUUCCCACUUUCCAUACAGAACAUAACAGAUAGGUGUCAGAGCCUUCAAAAUACAAAAGUUUUUGGACUCCUUGUACUUAUUUGUUUGGCUAGACUAUUUGUGAUUGUCUCACAAAGGUCGUACGACUUAAACACAGAAUUAUUUUCUUCAUAUCAACAGCAUACAUUUUAUAUUUGCUCAUAUUGUACAAGCAUACCUUUCAUUUCUUAUACCAAUUAGUGCAAAGAGUGGAAAAAAUAUAUCCACACCUCCUUGCGGCAAAUUCAGGUGUGGUAAAAUAAAUAUAUGACCCGGUUGAAAAUGUAUUGCCACUCAUGGAAACCAGACCUGUGCUAUAGUGUUUUCUUCUGUGGCCUCUGUUUCUGGGUAUUUCUACUAAAAAAUAACGCUAUUGCUAUUUCUUGGGUUGAGAUUAAAUUCCACCUCUUAUACCUGAACCAUCUUUAGCUUCUUUGUAUCUGCUUCUAUUAAGCUAUAGUUUUCCGUGAUUGUUUAAACCCAUCACACACAGUGCGCGUGUCAGCCUCGCUGCUUCUUCCUCUUUUCUUCUUUUUUUUUCUUUUUCUUCUUCUUCUUCUCCUCCUGUCUGCCCAUUUGUUGCGACCUGUGUAUAAAUCUCUCUCUCAGGAGGAGUGUCAAUCGGUGUGGUGUCAAUCACAGCCUCUGCUUCCCUUUCAUCUCUUCUUCCUCCCAGUGACUGAAGAGGAGGAGGAGGAGGAGGGAGCACGGCUACAUUACCAACACACAUGCACACGCUGGUUACAUUACACUGUGGAAACAGUGCAGGAGCACUGGGGGGGAUCGGUCCACGGCGUUUUUUCUUCUGUCUUCUUUUUCGGUUGUUUUCUACAUUUUGCCUUUCUUCCCUCUCAUCCCGCCAGCUUUGAGGAUCUAUUUUCAAGCAUGAGGUCGACUUACUGCGCUGUUUGUUGUCUUGUCCAAGUGUUGAAACUGUAGUUGCACAUUCAUCAGUUACCUUUUCAUCUGGCUGUUUGGUUUUGUUAGUCUUUUUCGUCUUCAAGGACGAACCAGCUUCUUCACUGGACCACUGAGGAAAUACUUUCUCUCACUUGUAUACAUGCACUUCUUCACGUUCACUUGCUUUUACUGGACCAUAUCCGUCGUGGGUUGUGUGCAGAGAUUUUAACUCGUGGUUUGUCUCCUUUUUUUUUUUUUUAAUUUCUUCCUCAUGACAUUGAAGCUUGUGCCGGACUCUCAUUCUGACCCUUUACAUCUCAAGUUUUCCGGGUCUAACUUUCAGUCUUUUUAGUUUCAACACUCGUGGCAAAAAGGACGCCGACAGCAGCCACAUUCCUCCGGUUGCUUCAGUAAAAACACGCCUGCAGCGUGUCCUCACGCCGCUUCCUAUCCCGGUGACUCGCCGUUGAACGGGGACGUUUUCCCACUCGGUUCUGGGGGAUUUUAGUGGGAGCUCCCUCCCUCUGUAGUUUCGGACAGUGCUGGCUUGUGUGUUGUCCUCGGUUUUCUCGGUGAAGCAAAGAGAAUAAAAAAAAAAUGCCCCAGUUAUCAGGCGGCGGAGACCCGGAGCUGUGCGCUACAGACGAAAUGAUCCCGUUCAAAGACGAAGGAGACCCACAGAAAGAGCAGAUCUUCGCCGAGCUCAGCCACUCGGAGGAAGAGGGGGACCUGGCAGACAUCAAGUCGUCUCUGGUCAAUGAGUCGGAGAGCAGCCCCAACAGCAACAGCCACGAUGCAGCUAGACAGUCCCAAAUACCGCAAGAUUCAUAUCAUGAAAAACACAGAGACCACUCAGAUGACGGAAAGCAUCAAGACAUGUACAGUAAAGGACAUCCGUACCCAAGCUACCCAGGCUACAUCAUGAUGAGCAACAUGAACAGCGACUCCUACAUGAACAAUGGCUCCCUGUCACCGCCCAUGCCUCGAAUGUCCAACAAAGUCCCUGUGGUGCAGCCGUCCCAUGCGGUCCACCCUCUCACCCCGCUGAUCACAUACAGUGACGAGCACUUUGCUCCAGGAUCUCAUUCUGGCCAUCACCCCCAGGAUGCCAACAACAAACAAGGUAGGAACCAGAAUCCACCGACAGUUGACAUGCCCAACUUCUACUCCCUGUCUCCUGGAGGAGUGGGGCAGAUCACGCCUCCACUGGGAUGGUUCUCACACCACAUGGUGCCCGGGCCUCCAGGUCCCCACGCCACAGGGAUCCCCCACCCGGCCAUCGUCAACCCACAGGUCAAACACGAGCCGCCGCAUGAAACGGACAUCAUGCACAUGAAAUCCCAGCAUGAACCGAGAAAAGAACAGGAGCCCAAAAGGCCGCACAUCAAGAAGCCGCUAAACGCCUUCAUGCUCUACAUGAAAGAGAUGCGUGCGAAUGUGGUCGCUGAGUGCACGCUGAAGGAGAGCGCUGCCAUCAAUCAGAUUCUGGGAAGAAGGUGGCAUGCUUUAUCUCGGGAAGAGCAAGCUAAGUAUUAUGAAUUAGCACGCAAGGAACGGCAGCUCCACAUGCAGCUCUACCCAGGCUGGUCUGCUCGAGACAAUUAUGUAAGUAUCAACAGAACAGACUGGCAGAGGUGCGGCGCGUGUGUGUGUGUGUGUGUGUGUGUGUGUGUAUGUCAUGUUGGUUUAUGUUGUUUGUUUAUGUCAGUGAUGCGGGACUUGUUCUUUAAAUGACAGGCUAGAAUCACACACACUGAUUCACACUAGUCGGCUCCAUGCUAACAGGGCCCAUUUGUGGGCCCUUUGUUUCAGCCUAAUGUGUAAUUCAUAGCAACACUGAUUCAGUGUUGUGUUACCAUCCAUGCUAAAAUGGAUUGUAGUAGCAUGGACAUUAUUAUUGCCACAGCGAGUGAAAAUUGCCUGGUAAUGGUUAUGCUAGGCUUUGAUGUUCCAUAUCAGCGUGGAGCUUUGGAUGUAAAAAGCAACUGUUCCUGAGGUGACUGGAUUGUACAUGCAGCAUUCAGCGGCUGCAACCUUUACUCCUCUAGCUGCCAAUUUUGUUUGUGAAUGUGAAAGGUCCCUCUGGAUUUGAGAUGCCGUGUCUUUUGUGAUGUAUAUCGCAGUGUGUGUGCAUAUGUGUCGGUGUAUGUGAUCGCAAGUUGUUUAUGAUUAUGUGGUGUGUAUGGAUUUGUGACAGAGAGCACCAGCCUUUUAUUAAAAGUGUGGCUCCGGCACUCACAUUCACUCCACCACCGAAGUGCUUUUGUGGUGUUUAUCUGCCUCCCCUCGGACACCGACAGCAUCCCUCCUCCUUCUGCCUCCGUUGCUCCGCUGCCAAAAUGCCUUGCUGAGGGGGAGACGGUCUCACGGCUCUGCUCCAAGUGAAGCAAAGCGCAGUUAAAGAUGCACAAUAUCAGCUAGUGACAGCUAGGCCCAGUUUCCAGCUUUGUUAGUACAAACAUAUGACAGGUUGGAAACAAAGUAGAUGAAAUGCUUUCUACUUUAUAAAGCAAGACAAUAUAUUUAAUGCAAAACCGUUUUAGAAACGAUUUGCUCCCCUGUGAGCGCUCCCUUGUUUUUUUUUUUUUGUUUUUUUUGACCCCUCCCACCAUGAAAAUCUACAGCUGUAUACAGACAGCACAUCAUACCUAGAAACGCCCAAAAUAGUUAACAUGCUGGCAUGGAGCACGUGUAGCGUUCAUAGUUUUGCUGUGUAGCCCUUCUCUCCUCCUCUCUCUCACCCACUUUCAUUUCUUCUUCUCUGUCUGCUGCGGCAGUAGAAGACAGAUUAGCUCAUGAAUAAGUGGAUUAACAGACUUUGCAGCAGGAAACCAAAGUGCUGCUCAUAUUUGACUAGAAUGACUCUUCACUGCUAUCUGUACCUAUCGUCUCCCCCCCUGGGGAUUUAGCAUGAGCUCUAAAUCCUCACACACUUCCGCUACCUCGCUGGAAAAAGAGUGGCGCUCUUCACAGUCAUUGAGAUAGACUAGCCUAAUUACAGUGGGCAUCUCUAAUUGCACUUUAUGUUAAUGUUUGUCAUUAGAGGGACUUCAGAGGUAGCGGGAAAGUGACAUAGACCAGUCACAACAACGGGACAAGCCGUCUCUAUUUCACUGGGAUGGUCACAACUCAAAAAAGGCCUAAAAAUGAGAGGAAGUAUGCAACUUAAACCCAUCUGAGAGUAGGUAGAGCAGCUUGGAUCACGUCAGACUCUUGGCUGAACUGUCCCUCUCAGCGUGGCAGUUUGCAGUGGAGUCCGGAGCCCGAGGGAUGCUGGUUAGAUGCCCAGCAGGGGAUGAGUGAACAUGGCAGUCAGCAGCAGGAUACCAGAGUGGUCUAGUGAGCGUGAGUGCUGGAGCCACACUUUAUGCGUUCCUCUGUAUA